AUGCGGCAACUUACGCCACCCCAACAACUAUCUACUUCUAGACAGUCUUCACCAUCAAGGCAGGUUCCGGCUGGUCAUCCUUAUCGAGACGAUGAUAACAGAUCGAAUGAAAGUCUAAGUCAUGUUCAAAAAGAUGGAUGGGUAUUUAGACCACCCGAAAAUGGUCAUGUUAUAACUAAAGGUGAAAUGGUUAGCAGAAUUGUGCAAUAUUAUGAAAUGUUUGCGGUGAAUGUAUUUUUACUAGGAUAUAAUGUGCAAAGAUAUGCGAAAUUAGGAGUGGAUGGAAGUACAGUAAAAAAUUUUCUAAUGGAUGCAUGUGGAGACAGAUUUCAAAUUGAACAAUUUGACUAUUGUUCGGCAUCAAGAUUAUUUUGGGGUUUAAUAGGUGGAGCCGUAAUAUAUUUUAUCUUUACGUCAAUUGUAGCAUUUGCACUUUCGAUUGAAUUAAGACGUAGGGGAUACGAUUCUUCAUUCACAGCUUUGUGGCAUUCCCCGGCAUUUCUAUUUUGCUUUUUUUAUGACGAAAAAAGGAGAGUUGAUAUUUUGAGCAUACCUAAUAAAUAUGUUGGGUUAAGUUUAUGGACUAGAAGUCAAAUACAUCGGAUUAGUUUAGCUGUUUAUUGUGCCAUUUGUACGAUCUUGAUUUUGGUUUCUUUAAAAAGGGGAACCGCCGAAACGGCCAAAAUUGAGGGUGAAGGUUUAAACAAAGGAUUACGUAAAUGUAUGUAA